AUGGCUUCAUCGUUCGAUUACGAUUCAUAUAUAAAACGAUGCGUAUUUGCAUGGGUAUCUGUUGGUCUUAUAUGGAAAAAUAUAACUUUUUUUCUUAUAUUAGUGAUGUUUCGUUUACAAGACAAGCAAACAAUUCGUGUAGCAGAUGAACAAAUAAUUCAACGACAAACUGGAGCGGUUAAUCAGACAAUACCAAGUAAGACUCAACAAUUGAAUCAUGUCAUUAAACAUAAACAUUCAGCUAUUAAAAAACGAAUUACAAAAUUAUUAGAAUAUGAAACUCAUUAUAUGGCUUAUUUCUUUAUAUUAUUUUACGUUUUCACUGAAUCACUUCAAGGUACAACAACACGACAAAUUGUCUAUGGAUGUGUUUUCGUCAUUGCUCGUUGUGUUCAUAAUGGAGGCUUACUUUUACGUUAUAGAUAUGCAAGAAUAAUCGGUAUUCUAUUCUCAAUUCUUGUAAUCGCUGCAAUAACACUCGAUCUAGCCAUUAUUCUAACAAAUGAUGUACUACAAAAACCACAAUAA